AUGCCUGGAUUUACACCAGCUGAGGUACAAAACCUUAAGGCUCAAUACGAAAAAGCCGGUCAAGGCCAUGUAUUUACCUUCUUCGAUUCCCUAAGCGAAACCGAACAGAAGACUUUCUUCGAACAGCUCCAGAAGAUCGACCCCGCUAGAGUCAUCCGACUACGAGAACUUGCUCUAAACCCACCGAAAGAAGAAGGCCAAGCCGUCGUCGAACCCCUCCCCGACUCGGCGAAUGCUAGCAUUAUCGAUUCGAAGCCCGAAGAUAUUGAAAGAUGGUAUAAUCUUGGUCUAGAGCUAAUUGGGAAGGGUGAGGUUGCGGUAGUUUUGUUAGCCGGUGGUCAGGGUACUCGUUUGGGAAGCAAAGCUCCCAAGGGUGCCUUUGACAUCAAACUCCCCUCCCACAAAUCGCUAUUCCAAAUCCAGGCUGAAAGGAUCCAAAAGAUUCAAAAGUUGGCUGCUGAGCGAGCAGCAGACCCCAGCAAGGCUGUCAUCCCAUGGUUUAUCAUGACCAGUGGCCCAACACGCGGGCCCACCGAGAAGUUCUUCAAGAAGGAGAAACUUGACGAGCUGAGCGCUGAAGAGAACGCCAACCGAGCAAAGGGUGACGCUUACUUUGGCCUAGACCCAAAGAACGUUACAAUCUUUGAGCAGGGUGUGCUCCCCUGCAUCACGAACGAUGGCAAAUUCAUGCUAGCUAGCAAGGGCAAGGUUGCAGUAGCCCCAGAUGGUAACGGUGGUCUAUACAAGGCUCUACAGGAUGAGGGUGUUCUCGACAAGAUGCGCCCCAACAUCAAGCACAUUCACGCUUACUGUGUUGAUAACUGCUUGGCCAAGGUGGCUGAUCCAGUCUUCAUUGGUUUUGCUGCUGAGAAGAAGGUCAAGAUUGCUACCAAGGUUGUACGAAAGCGUGAUGCUAAGGAGUCGGUUGGUCUCAUUCUCCAAAAGAAUGGCAAGCCCGACGUAGUGGAGUAUUCCGAGAUUGACGAUGCCACUCGUCACGCUACGGAUCCUAAGCAGCCCAACCUUCUCAAAUUCCGUGCCGCCAACAUCGUCAAUCACUACUACUCAUUUGACUACCUAGACGGCCUAGGAGAUGCUGUGAACCAGCUCCCACCACAUGUUGCCCGGAAGAAGAUCCCCUUCUUCGAUACCGAAAAGGGCGAAGCAGUUGACCCUAAGACUCCGAAUGGUAUCAAGCUCGAACAAUUCGUCUUCGACAACUUCAAGUGGUUGAACCUAAACGAAUUUGCUUGCUUUGAGGUUAAGCGUGAAGAGGAGUUCUCUCCACUGAAGAACGCAGACCCAGCCCAAAAAGCUGAUGGCUCGUUCGAGAAGGAACCUGAGGACAGCCCCACCACCAGCCGUAGGCAUAUUAAGGAACAAGGUCGACGAUGGGUGGAAGCCGCUGGUGCUACUGUCAAGAACGGAGAUGUUGAUGGAGGCCUUGAGGUUUCACCACUCACAAGCUAUGGUGGCGAGGGUCUAGAAAGUUUCAAGGGACAAACGAUUGAUAAGUCUUCUAUUUAA